UCCCCACCUUAUAUAGUAAGCCCACUUUGACAAAAACAGAGCACAUUCUCUCUCUCCUCCUUUUCUUAUUACUCUCUCUCUAACUCUUUCUUAUUACUCUCUCUCUCUCUCUCUGGUUCACCAGGAAGAAAUUGUGUCUUAUUAGUGCUGCAUGUGCUUACCAUGGUGGCGGUGAAAGAAGAAAGAAGCUUAGAAGAAGGGCUUUUAAAGCUCAAGAACCAAAACGACGCUUCAGGAUGUCGUAUUACUACCUGUGUUAUCCUCAGCACUUUCGUAGCCAUCUGUGGCUCCUUCUCCUUUGGAGUUUCUGUUGGUUAUACUUCAGGUGCUGAGGUUGGAAUGAUAAAAGAUAUGGGUCUCUCUAUCGCAGAAUUUUCAGCGUUUGGUUCGUUCUCGACGUUGGGAGCAACAUUCGGUGCGCUGUUCAGCGGUAAAAUGGCGAUCAUGCUAGGAAGAAAAGGGACGAUGUGGGUCUCCGAUAUACUCUGCAUCACUGGUUGGCUGUGCAUCGCUUUCGCUAAGGAUGUGUUGUGGCUGAACAUCGGAAGAUUCUCAUCAGGGAUAGGACUCGGCUUGAUUAGCUACGUGGUACCGGUCUACAUAGCAGAAAUUACGCCGAAACAUGUUCGCGGCACAUUUACCUUUUCAAAUCAGCUUCUUCAAAACUGUGGACUCGCCAUGGUUUAUUUUUGUGGGAAUUUCAUCAACUGGAGGAUGAUGGCUUUACUAGGUGCUUUACCCUGCUUCAUUCAAGGAAUCGGUUUAUUCUUCGUACCAGAGUCCCCAAGAUGGCUGGCAAAAGCUAGUACGGAUAAAGAACUAGAAAAUUCACUGCUCCGGCUUAGAGGGAGAGAUGCUGAUAUCUCAAGUGAAGCCUCGGAGAUUCAAGUUAUGACCAAAAUGCUGGAAAGUGAUUCGAAGUCGAGUUUCAGUGAUUUGUUGCAGAGAAAGUAUAGACACACUCUCGUGGUAGGAAUCGGGCUAAUGUUAAUACAACAAUUCUCAGGGAGUACUGCUGUAUUAUGUUAUGCAAACACCAUUUUUAGAAAAGCUGGUUUUUCGGUGGCCAUUGGAUCGACACUGUUAGGCAUCUUCGUGGUACCAAAAGCCAUGAUUGGUCUAAUUCUUGUUGAUAAAUGGGGGAGACGGCCCCUGUUGUUGGCUUCAGCGUCUGGGAUGUGUUUGUUUUGCAUGUUUAUUGGCCUCGCCUUCACAUUACAGAAAAUGCAAUUGCUUUUGGAACUAACUCCAGUAUUCACGUUUAUAUGCGUUACGCUGUAUAUUGCAUCUUAUGCAAUAGGCGUGGGAGGCCUCCCUUGGGUAAUUAUGUCUGAGGUAUUUCCAAUGAAUAUAAAAGUAACAGCAGGGAGUAUAGUUACAUUGGCCUCAUGGUCAAGUAGUUCUGUCGUCACUUACGCUUUCAACUUUCUGUUUGAAUGGAGCACUCAAGGAACAUUUUACAUAUUCGGGGCCGUCGGAGGAGCAGCACUAGUUUUUAUUUGGUUUCUCGUUCCGGAAACGAAAGGAUUAUCACUUGAAGAAAUACAACUUUCGCUUAUUCGUGAGCCCGACGAAAUAAAUCAUACGUAGACUGAAAUGCCUACCUUUUCAUUGUAAGAUAUAAAAUUAUUGAACUCGGUGUUUAUGAUUAUACUCAUCAAGAAAGAAUACUAUUUAAGUAUUCUUUAUAAUAAAUUAGUCUUUUAUGUAACUUUCCGUGAUGUAAACAUUGACUGCCUGUAUAUGUUCAUUCGUAUUCUAUCUGUAAGAUUUCAAUACUUUUCAUU